AUGACCAGCCUACAUUUCCUCCAAGAUAGCGACUCGUACCAUCAGCUGUUUGCUGACGACAUCCCCAAGGCGUUCCUCGAUUCCGAAUAUCAGCCAUCACUCAACGCCACUCUUCCGGAACUUCUCCAAGGCGGCCACUUCAGACGAGCAGCCGAGAAGUCCUUGCGAGACCUUCUGGCCAGCCCGUCAGAUGCUGCCGAGCAAAUUUUUCAACUUCUCUAUACCCGCUUGGCCUGUCUGAUCUUGAUCUCGCGCCCGGAUAUUGCUGCCCAGGAAGCGAUCCCGCUCAUCGAUCUCUUAGCUCGCAGCUCGGCUGCCGGCGACGACGUCUUACCGCUGGUACCUUGGGAUCUAAGGCUGCUCUUGGUUCGUCUACAGUCCAUCGGAGCGGCCGACGGCGGGCGCAGAGGGAUCAUGGCUCUGUACGCACUCGCCGGCGAAGUGAGAGCUAAUCUCCGAAACGUGCAGCAAAGUGGCGAUGAUGCUGGUGCCACGCUUUGGACGGAGCGGCUCCUGGAUCUAGGUCUACGAGUUUGUGACGCUUUGGUAGAGAUGGGCGAGUUGGAAACUGCGACACGGCAUCUCGACACUUUGACUGACGUGGACGCGGACGAGCUGGCCUAUAGGAAAGCCCUGCUUCGUGUGCGAGUUGGCGAUGUCUCUGGAGCCAGAAUCUCAGCAAACAACAUCAACAACGUAUCAAGGAAGAAAGGAUUCGAGGCUUCAUUGGAAGUAGCAGACGGUGAAUACUCUGUCGCGGUGGGCAGCAUGCGAACUCUCAUGGCGGAAUACCCCGAAGACGAGCAGUUUGCCCAGAAUGCUGCCGUAGCCUUGCUCUAUACUGGCCACAUCACCUCCGCCCGCGACCUUCUCGAAGAUCUAGCCUCCCGCACACCGAUGUUCCCUACCUUGCUUUUCAACCUCAGCACAGUUUACGAACUCUGUAGCGAGCGUGCUCCAGAGCGGAAGACUGCACUUACCGAACAAGCCGCAGCAAAGACACCAGGGCCACAGAGCGGUGGGUGGGAACGGGCCACGUUCGAGUUCAAGCUCUAG